AUGAAGUGGAUACUGCUCUUUGGGGCCCUUAUUGUGCCCAGUAUCUGUGGCCGAGAAAAAUUUUCUGGGGGCCAAGUGUUUAGGAUUAAUGUCAGAAAUGGAGACGAGAUCAGCAAACUAAAUGAGCUAGUGAAUUCAGACCACUUGAAGCUCAACCUCUGGAAAUCUCCCUCCACCUUGGGCCUUCCUGUGGAUGUCCUGGUCCCAUCUGCCAGUCUGCAGGCAGUCACAGUCUUCCUCCAGUCCCAAGGCUUAGAUUACUCCGUGACGAUUGAAGACCUGCAGGCCCUUUUAGAUGAAGAACAUGAAGAAAUGCAACACAACGAAGAGCAAGAACGGAGCAAUAGUAACUUCAACUAUGGGGCCUACCAUUCCUUGGAAGCUAUUUACCAGGAGAUGGACAGGAUCGCCGGAGACUUCCCCGAUCUGGCGAGCAGGGUGAAGAUCGGACGUUCGUUUGAAAACAGGCCGAUGUAUGUACUGAAGUUCAGCACCGGAAAGGGCAGUCAGCGGCCGGCCAUUUGGCUGAACGCAGGCAUCCAUUCCCGGGAGUGGAUCUCACAGGCCACGGCCAUGUGGACCGCGAGGAAGAUUGUAUCUGAUUACGGGAAGGAUCCAGCCGUCACCUCCAUCUUGGAGAAAAUGGAUAUUUUCUUGUUGCCAGUCGCCAAUCCUGAUGGAUAUGUAUAUACGCACGCUCAAAACCGACUUUGGAGGAAGACACGGUCCCUACAUCCCGGAAGCUCCUGCAUCGGUGUUGAUCCAAACAGAAACUGGAAUGCUAGCUUUGCGGGUGGGGGAGCCAGCGACAACCCUUGCUCCGAAGUGUACCAUGGACCCCACGCCAAUUCCGAAGUGGAGGUGAGAUCGGUGGCAGAUUUCAUUCAAGAGCAUGGGAAUUUCAAAUGCUUCGUCGACCUGCACAGCUACUCGCAGCUGCUGAUGUAUCCGUACGCGUACACAGACAAAAAGGCCCCCGAUGCUGAUGAGCUGGACAAGGUGGCGAAGCGCGCGGCCAAAGCGCUGGCCUCCCUGUCGGGCACCCGGUACCACGUGGGCUCCAUCUGCAGCACUGUCUAUAAGGCCAGCGGCAGCAGCACGGACUGGGCGUAUGAAAACGGCAUCAAGUACUCGUUCACUUUUGAGUUAAGAGAUACUGGGCACUACGGCUUCCUCCUUCCAGCCAACCAGAUCAUUCCCACCGCAAAGGAGACCUGGCUGGGGCUGAAGACCAUCAUGCAGUAUGCGCGGGACCACCUCUACUAGAUGAGGAGCCCUCUCCGUCUACACGUAUUGAUCCCCACGGUCACCGGGCUCCCGGGAGAAAAUCUGCGCCACACUGUAGGUGCCGCUCACCCAGAAACCCUCCACAAAGCAACGACCUCAUAGCAGGACGGCUAAAUUGUCUCCACCUGUUCCAUGGGUUCACCUCCACUUUGCCUUUGAACUUCAAAGAUCCCAUCCUCACCCUACAAGUCCUAAAUCACUCCCCUGGCCUGGAUGAUCUCACUGCCUGGGCGCAUUCCUGUCUGUACCUGGUGUUUGCUUCUUCUUUUUUUGGGCGGGGGUGUGUGGUCUUUAAAGUCGUCAUCUUCCACUUGCACCCUGGACCCUGGGUACCAAGGUGAAGCAAGGCUUCAUCCAUCAGGCUCUGUUCCAUCCGGCCUCAGCAGGUACCAGGUGCCCCCCGCCCCCCUUGUUUUUGCUUUCGUCAAACAUGUUUAUAAAUCUUAUCCUUCUGCCUGGGAUUUGUGCAGCAUCUGGUGUGUGCUCAAAAGCCAAUAA